AUGAAUCACAUUGGAGAGACUGAUCUGGAAGAGAAGAAAAAACUGGAGGCAAUAAAAAUGGAUCUGAAAGAAAAGGAAGAGAAAUUUGAAGCCGAGGAAGCUCGUUAUCAAAAACUGGUUGUUCAGGGGCUCAAAACUAAUGCCGAGUAUCAAGAUGUCCGCAAAGAGUUAAUAAGUUGGAUUGGCUCCCCAAAUGCUCGAGCCACAAUUUCAGUGAAAAGGUUGGGCGAACUUGAUCGUAAGCCAUUUUUGGAAUCAGCUAAGAGAAAGAUUUCUGCUGAAGUGAAUGCGAAAGCAGCAACUAAGAGAGAACUUUUCGAGGAAGCGAAAGUGAAAGCAAUCCUGUGGUGCUCACAGUGGGAAGAAUAUCUUAGGGAUCCUGACUGGCAUCCUUUCAAAAUUAUAACUGACAAAGAAGGGAACUCCAAGGAAAUUUUAGGCGAAGAAGAUGAAAAGCUGAGAAGUUUGAAGGAUGAGUUUGGAGAUGAGGUGUAUGAUGCAGUAGUUACAACUCUAAAGGAGUUAAAUGAGUACAAUCCUAGUGGUAGGUACCCAAUAUCGGAACUAUGGAAUCAUAAAGAAGGAAGGAAGGCUAUAUUGAAGGAGGGUACAGUUUUGGAUUAUGUGUUGGCUGCUACAAUAUUGAGAGCUAUUAGUGUUGCAAUUAUUGUUAUUGUUAUUACAUUUGGAGAUCAUGCUCUACUGAUGUAUAGAAUAUCUGAACAUACUCGUCACGAGUCUGAUUUUGAGUACUACAAGCGUAAAUAUUACAAUGACUUGAAGGAUGGUUACUCAGGUUCAACAUAUAUUAUCAAGGAAAUAAGCAGGAUGUGGCAGGUUGAACGCGAAUAUCUGGUGAAUGUGGCUAAGGAUCAUGAAAAAACUAGGCUAGAAUUGGAAGCUCGGAGGAAUGAACUUAUGUCCCAUGAAAAGGAUCUGCAGAAGCGUCAAGCCGAUAAUCAUAAUGAGAUAGAUAAGCUAUUUCUUGAGAAGAAACAGAAUGAGAUGGCAAUAGCAGAGCAAAAAAAGGCGGAUGAACAAAUGAUGCAUUUGGCCGAUAAACACAAGAAGGAGAAAGAAAAACUUCACAAUAAAAUUCAUGACCUGGAGAGAGAACUUGAUGAAAAACAUGGAUUGGAAUUGGAAAUUGAACAGCUGAGAGGAGCUCACAAAGUAAUGAAGCACAUCGGAGAGACUGAUCUGGAAGAGAAGGAAAAACUGGAGGCAAUCAAAAUGCAUCUGCAAGAAAAGGAAGAGGAAUUGGAAGUUGUGGAAGAUCUUAAACAAAUGCUGGUUAUUUGGGAGCGCAAAAUUAAUGACGAGUUGCAAGAUUCCCGCAAAAAAUUAAUAAGUUGGAUUUGCUGCUGCCCAGAUGCUCGAGCCACAAUUUCAGUUAAAAGGAUAGGCGAACUUCCUAUUAAGCCGUUUUUUGAUGCAGCUAAGAGAAAGUUUUCUGAUGAAGCGCAUGUGAAAGCAAUGGAGUGGUUUUCGAAGUGGGAUGAACAUAUUAGGGAUUGCAGCUGGCUUCCUUUCAAAAUUGUAAUCGACAAAGAAGGGAACUCCAAGGAAAUAUUAGACGAAGAAGAUGAAAAGCUGAGAAGUUUGAAGGGUGAGUUUGGAGAUGAGGUGCAUGAUGCAGUAGCUACAGCUCUAAAGGAGUUAAAUGAGUACAAUCCUAGUGGUAGGUACUCAAUACCGGAACUCUGGAAUCAUAAAGAAGGAAGGAAGGCUUCAUUGAAGGAGGGUGUUUCCGAUUUAAUAAAGCAAUGGAAGCAAUCGAGAUCAAAUCAACGAAGGAGAAUUUGAGGCAUUAUUUCAGUGGUAAGAACUUAGUAUUAGACUUAUAUGCAGAAAAUUUAAUAUAAAUUCUAGCUUUAACAGACUCUCCGGCUCAAAUUAUAUCUCCGGAUGGUGAUGGUGAUACUUCGUUUAAUUGUGAUAUAUAAUGUAAUAUCAUAUAUACUAUUUUAGCAGAUAAUGUGAGCAUUUUAAAUGUUUUUGAAAAUAUUUAGUUAUAA